AAACAAACAAAAACAGAACAGGUAUAACAACCCCCAAAUCCCUCUUCCCCGUUUAUCAAAAACUAACAAAAACAGAACAGGUAUAACAACCCCCAAAUCCCUCCUCCCCAUUUAUCAAAAACUAACAAAAACAGAACAGGUAUAACAACCCCCAAAUCCCUCUUCCCCAUUUAUCAAAAACUAACAAAAACAGAACAGGUAUAACAACCCCCAAAUCCCUCCUCCCUGUUUAUCAAAAACUAACAAAAACAGAACAGGUAUAACAACCCCCAAAUCCCUCCUCCCUGUUUAUCAAAAACUAACAAAAACAGAACAGGUAUAACAACCCCUAAAUCCCUCCUCCCCAUUUAUCAAAAACUAACAAAAACAGAACAGGUAUAACAACCCCCAAAUCCCUCCUCCCUGUUUAUCAAAAACUAACAAAAACAGAACAGGUAUAACAACCCCCAAAUCCCUCCUCCCCAUUUAUCAAAAACUAACAAAAACAGAACAGGUAUAACAACCCCCAAAUCCCUCCUCCCUGUUUAUCAAAAACCAACAAAAACAGAUCUGGCACAUGGACCCCCAAAUCCCUCCUCCCGCCCAGAGUUAGCAAUAAUAGGCAUUUUGCUUUAGUUUGAGGCUCUUAGAUAGACACGUGACUAUGAAGGGGAUGGAAGGAUAUGGAUGAUAUGCAGGAGCAGGACAUUUAAGGUAAACCGACAUCAGAAUCAGCACAACAUGCUGGGCCAGCUGGCCUGUCCAUCACUGUGCAGAUCUAUACUCGUUCAUGUUACACAUCAAACAACUUAUUUGUCAAUGAUAGGUUGCAGAUUCUUUGUACACUUAGCAAUCCAGUUGUUAUAUAUCUAAUUUCAGUCAUUUAUUUGAUCAUUCCAUUGAAUUGUUUGUAUGCUUUUUCAUCUAUUAAAAUCAUGUGACCACUCAUAAUUGUAGCCUCACGCACAAGGGUGUAAGUUGCACGCUGUGAAGGGGUUAUUGCUCCACUUUUCAAUUUGAUAGCUCUCAGUCCCACUAACUCAGUUCAAGAAUAUGAACUGCAUGCCAAAUGUUCAACAAUAAUUGUUGGUAACCUCUGAAUUGGGAAUGAAUAUAUUAAUUUCUCCCUUAAGGCAAGAAGGGUAGUUUUUAAUUAUAAUUAUUUGACUGGAGCUUAGGUUUAAAUUACUUAAUUCAAUACCAAAUAGUGAUCAAACGUCUGAUUUUCUUUAUUGGAUUAGUUCUGCAAUACACUUGAUAAUUUGGAUACCAUGUGGUAAGUAAUUAUCAGUUCACAGUUACUUUUUUGGAAAGGGAGUAGAAAACCUCAGUAUUAUCAAGGCAAUCAUUACAUACGGAUGACCUUGUUGCAUUGAUCGCAAAAGGAAUGGGUGAGAGGUCAAAUUCUCAAGAGCCACAAAACAUUGUAAGACUUUAGCGUUUGCUUCUGGUUAAGGCUGAGGGAGUGAUUUACAUCCGUUGUUCUCUGCUUAAUCCCAAUAGCCAAGUCUCAGUUUAAUUAUUAUUUACAAAACAACUGUACACUUUGUUCAGUUGAAAACUUCUACAGAUGUAUUGUGGGGAGCGUUCUGACAGGCUGCAUCGUUGUCUGGUAUGAGGGGGGGGGAUUCAAAAGAAGUCAGUGAGAGUUGUAAAUUAGCUCUACCUUGGGUACUAGCCGCCAUACAUCGCUGUAUGUUGAAGACAUCUUCAAGGAGCGGUGCCUCAGAAAGGCAGCAUCCAUCAUUAAGGACCCCCAUCACCCAGGACAUGCUCUGUUCUCACUGUUAACCAUCAGGAAGGAGAUACAAAACCCUGAAGGCACAGGAACAGGCUCUUCCCCUCUGCCAUUGGAUCUUUAAUUGGACGUUGAAUCCAUGAACACUUUUAUCUCUGCUUUUGCACUAUUUUUAUUUAACUACUUAAUAUACAUAUAUAUAUACUUACUGUAAUUGAUUGCUUUCCCUGUACUUAUCAUGUAUUGCAUUGUACUGCUGUCGCUAAGUUUACAAAUUUCAUGACAUAUGUCGGUAAUAUUAAACCGGGUUUUGAUUGGUAAGUCUAUUGUGUGUGCAGAGGACAAAAGCAGGUAUGGAAAGAGAUGAGAAUGCAGUGUGUGAUUAGAUUGACUUUCCUCCUUUCUGAUGAAUAGUCUUCAACUUGAAGCCAUAACCCUGCUUCUCUUUCCAUGGAUGCUGUCUGGUGUACUAAAUAUAUCCAGUUUUUUUUUUUGCUGUUAUAUCAUUAAAAAUCCCAAUAAUAUGAUUGAUGCUUUGAGGUGGCUGAUUAUGUAAAUGAGCUUCUGGGACAGUGAGGCAGACAUUCUUGAGGAAGGAAUGCCACAUGGAAGACACUGAGUUCAUGGUCAAUGUUUAACAAACCUGUCAUUGUUCAAAGGGAAGGGCCAGUGGAAGAAUUGUGCAUGAUUUCUGAAGCAAGUUUGGUUUCAGUUUCGUAAGUUUUUUACUCUGAAAAACUUUGUUCUUGAUAGCCCUAUCUUACUUAACUUCUUUUUUAAACCUUCUUUAACAGAUCAAGCUUUUAGCAUAUGGAAAAGGAAAGAUUGAAAAAGAAAAAAGAAAGAAAGAAAAAGAUUUCUGAAGCAAAAUGGCAGCCAACGAGAAGCAAAUCCUCUGCAUUGGGUUAGUCUGCUUGGAUAUUAUUAACGUGGUUAACAAGUUUCCAGUCGAAGAUACUGAUACACGAUGUAUAUCUCAGAGAUGGCAGCGCGGGGGUAACGCCUCCAAUUCAUGCACAGUUCUCUCAAUACUUGGUGCUCCCUGUGGAUUCAUGGGCUCUCUUGCACCUGGGAGAGUUUCUGACUUUAUUUGUGAUGACCUCAAACGAUAUGGAAUUGAUGUGAAUGUGAUUGUUCACGCAGAAUCAUCCCUCCCAGCCUCCAUUGUCAUCAGCAACAUAAACAAUGGCUCACGUACCAUCCUUCACACAAACAGUUUCAUCACAGAUGAUUUUCAAAGCAGAGGCAUUAAUGUAUCCAACAUUGUGUGGCAGCAUGUGGGAGUUACACCUUGUGCUUGCUGUCUUGUGAACAUUACCAAUGGCUCACGAACAGUCAUACUGUCCGACAUGAAUCUACCAGACGUUACCGCCAAAGAUUUUGGGAAAAUUGAUCUUUCACAUUACAAGUGGAUUCACUGGGAGGGCAGAAAUGCAACCGAGCAGAUUGCUAUGAUGGAGCAGGUUGAACAAUACAACGCCAAUGUACCAGUUGAGCAACGGAUUACCACUUCCGUGGAAAUUGAGAAGACAAGGGAAGAACUGUACCAGCUCUUCAGACAUGGAGAUGUGGUCUUUGUCAGCAAAGAUGUUGCCAGACACUUUGGAUAUAAUUCAGCAUCAGAAGCAGUAAAAGGACUUUACAGUCGGGUGAAACCUGGUGCAUACCUCAUCUGUGCAUGGGCUGAGGAAGGAGCUGAUGCAAUGGGUCCUGAUGGAGUCUUUCAUUCAAAUGCAUUUCCUCCUAAAAAACUUGUGGAUACUCUUGGAGCUGGAGAUACUUUCAAUGCAGCUGUAAUAUUUGGAUUAUAUAAUGGCAAGUCUAUUCAGGAAGCAUUGACAUUUGGUUGCCAAAUUGCUGGGAAGAAGUGUGGAAUUCAAGGAUAUGAUGGAAUUGUAUGAGGAAACCCAAAAUGCAUUGGAGGAAUAAAUAGCUACAGUUAAUUAAAAUUAGAAAAUUCUGCAGAUGAACUUUGAUUUUCGAUCAUGCAGUCACCUGAUCUGCAGUUAUAUAAAAUAUAUUUGUGAUUUUCUUUGAUUCUAAAAUGAAUUUUAGAAUACUUAAGCUUGCUAGAUCUGCUGUAGAUCUUGUUCACUGUUUACCAUCCAACUGCAUGCUGCUGCAUAACUGCAAUUGAAUCUCAGUACUCAGUCACAGUCAAAUAAUCUACCACAGAAUCAGAUGUAAGGUGAGAAUAGCAACAAUGAGUAAAUCUUUUAAACCACACAUUCAACUUGAUUUAUUCUUAAAGCUGCAAUAUAGUUACCCCAGUUAACUUUGUUCUGGUGGUUGGGGAGAGCAGGAGUGAGGGCUGAUGAAUACUGGAUAACUUGAUGUAACUGAAUUUAAAGUUUAAACAAGCAAGACAUUUAAUUAUGUGUAUAACAUAAUGUAUUUUUUUAUUAAUCUUUGGAGCAUCUGGAAUUUCACCUUUUUCAUUCCCGUGGACUGAAGUGUAGCAGUUUAUUUGGAUUAUACUGGAGUUAUGUGAAUAUAGCAGAUAUUAAUUCGAACAAGAACCAAGUUUCAGUGUCGAUUGUAAAUGUAAGUAAGUUCAGGAAGUUUGCAAUUAGCUUUCAGGUUUUAUUGUAAAUUGUAAGCAGUAAAUUGAAGUGAAAAGCACAGAGUGCGCCACUGACUAAGAGUGGCACACUGAGACAAGCAUUAAGACAAUGAGUUUGUGUUAAUUGGCUUGUAUCAAACCAGGCAACAUGGCUAGUUAAAUCAUCUGCUCCAUUGUGAUUUGACUGUAAACUAGCAGACCAGACGGCUAUUGUCACUUAGAAUGUCAAACGUGGUCACAAGUCGACCUCCAGAGUCAAUUACAAUAUGCUUCCACUGUGUCUCCCAAAGGAACCAUUUGUCAAUCCAGAGUAAUGAAGUAAACAAUGUCAUUUUAACUAUUGAAAUUGUAUUGAAUUGCCUACUGUUACCUUUGAUCUUAAGGGUAUAAAAAUGUGAUGUACUUUUGGGUGUCACAAUCAUGGACUCUGCUGCAGAGUCGAUGCCCCGUGCAGGCAGUCUGUGGAAUAUGUUUGGCAUUCGUGCUAAUGAUAUGCACAUUCCAGCUAAUUAGUGUUCCAUUGUGGUGGUAUUUAUCUCCCUUCUAUUCAUUCUAGUCUGGUCGAGACUUGACCAAAAGCACUGCUCCCUACCUACCAUCUUCCUUUUCUAGGAAAAAAGACUACAGUUUUGACUGACGCUGUCGAGGAGUGAUAUUCAUUUAGUAUUUAGUUGUUGCUUCCAUCUGCAGUGUUGGCAUUAACUUUCAGUUUGGGAAUUUUUUUUAUUUUAACAGCCCUGUUGGCCUAGCAUUUAUUAUUUCUCUUUUCCUUUAAAUUCUGCAACUGUUCUCAUUAAAGUCAGUCCACUGUUAACCCGUUUCAGUCUCUCUCUGUCUGUACUUGAGCCAUAUCUGAUCGUUUUGACAUUGGUUUGUGAGCCUCUACCAAGAGUGUCUCCAGAAUGAUGCCUGCUAUGAUUUUAAGAAAUUUGUCUUGAUCAUGCAGAAGAUGAAUAAUGAAAUGAUGCUCAUGGACUGGUCAGAAAUCAGAUGGUAGAGGGAAAGGAGCUGUUCUCAAAAUGUUGAAUUUGGGUCUUCAAACUCCUGUACUUCCUCACCGAUGGCAGUAAUGCAAAUGCUUAAUUAAGUAAUGCUUAAUGACGGAUGCCACCUUCUUGAGGGACUGGUAAACAUGUCCUUGAUGGCAGGUGGGUUGUGCCGCUGAGAGAACUAGCUGAACCUACAACCCUCUUCAUCCUUCAUUGUUCUGCAUUGGAGGCUCUAAACCGGGUGGUGAAGCAACCAGACAGAAUGCUCUGUUUAGAAAUUUGCAUGUCUUUGGUGACGUAACAGAUCUCCUCAAACUCCGAAUGAACUAGGAGUCGGCAUGCCUUCUUAGUGACUGCAUCAGCGGGUUGGGCCCAGAAUAGAUCCUCUGAGAUGUCAAUACUCAGGACAUUGAAACUGCUCAUCCUUUCCACCACUGACCCAUCAAUGAGGAGUAGUGUAUGUUCCCCUUCCUCCAGUCUAUAAUUAAUGCCUUGGUCUUGCUGAUUUAUUGUUUUAUUUAUUAAGGUACAGUGCGCCAUAGACCUUUCUGGCCCUUCGAGCCACACUACCCAGAAAUCUGCCAAUUUAACCCCAGCCUAAUCACAGGACAAUUUACAAUGAGCAAUUAAUCUACCAACCGGUACAUCUUUGGAUGGUGGGAGGAAACCAGAGUACCCAGAGGAAACCCGCGUGGUCAUGGAAAGAGCGUGUAAACUCCUUGUAGGCAGUGGUGGGAAUUGAACCUGGGACGCCAGAACUGGAGAGCGUUGUGCUAACCACUGUGCUACAGUGCUGCCCCUAUUAAGUGUGAGCUUGUUGUUACAACACCACUCACCUCAUCACUGAGAUUGCUGUAUAAUAGUGGUGUCACCAGUGAAUUUGUGGAUGACAUUUCAGCUGUGCCUAGCCACACAAUCAUGAGUGUAGAGCAAUGGGCUAAGUAUGCAUCCUUGAGGCAUGCCUGUGUUAAUCGUCAGAUGUUAUUACCGAUGUGGAUUGACCAUGAUCUCCCGAUGAGGAAGCAAAGAUCCAUUUGCAGAGGGAGGUACAGAGGCCCAGCUUUUGAAGCUUGUUGAUUGGUACCAAGGGGAUGAUGGUGUUGAGGGCUAAACUAUGACUAAUAAACAGCAGUCUGACAUGUUUUGAGGUUGUCUAGGUGCUCCAAAGCCAAUGGGAUUACAUCCACUGUAGACUUGCUAGGGUGGUAGGCAAAUUGCAAUGGGUUUAUAUCCUUGCUCAGACUGGAGCUAACCAACUCUUUCUCAACUAUUAUUUUGAUAGAUUGACAGCUGAAAUGUUUACAUUCUAGAUUGCAAGUUCACAAACAUUUCAAUGUAAAUUACAAAUGCAGCAAUUAUAAAAUAGAAACACGCUUGGUUGCAGUGGCCUUUCUGGCUCCACAAAUGGAGCAAAUGUUUACUCUCCACGGUAUUCUUAUGAUUGCAAGACCCUGUUAAACAAUAAUACAAGAUAGUACAAGUCCGGUUCAUUAGCGAGACGACAGCAGAGGAGCUAUGUAGGAUUGGGUUAUUACAUGGACCAGGCCCUUAUACUGUGACAUCGCGUGCUACAGCCACCCAGGGGAGAAGUUGCUGGAAGUGGCGUGAAAACAGAAGUGCGGUAGGCUUGUUGGAAUCUGUGCUAGGUUAAAGGCCAACCCCUGCCGGUCGGCUCUCCUGUCAACACCGCUCUCCAAUGUACUUCCCCGGACUGCCUUUGUCUGCAACUGUCCCAGUGCGAGAUGAGGAACAGCUGCGUGCCUUUCCUUACAGAAAUGUGGCUCUAGGGCAGCGUCCCAGAAACAGCUCGGAAUUAUCCUCUCUUCAUGUGGGUAGGAAUGCUGUCACCUCCGGUAAAACCCAGCGUUGUGACACGCACCUGACUGUAUCAGCCUCCGGGGCUGAGAUGAUCGACUCCGGAAUAUGGAUAGCUGGUGCAGACCCUUUGAAGAUUCAUGUUUUGCCGCCAGGGUUUCAAUGUUUAAAGAGCACCUGAAAUGUGGUUCGGUGCAGCAUUGUCAACUAAACUUUGGAUUCUCAUCUAGUGUCUCGUUUAGAACCCCGUCUACGUUUCAGUUUCGUAUCGUAUCUCGAUUCUAGUCUGGGAUGCGCCAGCACUUGGAUCCUAACAGAUUGGCAAUGCUAUCCUUUUGCCCCUUUGCCCGGCUAGUCACGCCUCCUCAUUCCGUCCUCGCUUUGCCCCCCGUUCUGCAGUUCGUGGGAGUUCACCAUUUACACAUCACAACAGUAAAACAAACGCUAGUUCAGCUAAUCAAAACAAUCCCUUCAGUUACCGUGCUCUACUGGUUAAUAACUCGUAAAAAUACGGAUUCUAGACACAGGCUUUCCAAACAAUUUCAUUUAUUUUCACUCGCCCCGUUACAUCAGUUUGUAGACAGCAGAUCGGCCCCUCAAAAGACCCGAGGGAUGGUUCGGGGCGUCCUAAAUUAAUGCCUGAGUUAGUGGGAGCAGGUGCACCACACCCCACACAGGAAACACCACUGGUGGGGUGGGGGGGGCAUUAUUCUGUUAUGUUCAUCUGAGCUAGUGAACACUGAUCUAUGGGUUAAAACUGUAGGAUGUUAGAAUCCCUGUUUAAAAUGUCCCAAUUGUGCAUCUGUAAUAACAAUAAUUGUUAUUGUUGUUAUUAUUAUUGUCAGUAUUGUUGUUAUUAUUGUUGUUGUUGUUGUUGUUGUCGUCUGAUCACGUGAUCCCCCCUCCCCCGACCAACAGUAGAAUUUCUCUGUCUAGGCCAGACAGAGGCAGAUUUAAACCCUCAGAAAUGCAGAGAGAUAAUCUGUAGAUGCUGGAAAUCCAAGCCACAUGCACAAAAUGCUGGAGGAGCUCAGCAGGCCAGGCAGCAUCUAUGGAAAAGAGUACAGUCGACGUUUCGGCUUUGCUAGAAAUGUGUUGAUGGUUGGUGAAGUGUUAUAUUGGAAAGUUAAAGACAAAGUGUGUCAUGGAGAAAGCCUCUGUAUAUUUAUAAAUUUUUGUACAUGUUUGUUUUCAUUUGUCUAUUUGUUUCUUCACAACUUUUGGAGAGCUUUUGCAUUUUUUUCACCUGAAACUAAAUAAAACUCCUUACACUA